AUGCCUCGAAAAGCAAAGGCAGACUCGGUGAAGAGGCGGGAGGCACAGCUGGAGUACGAUGGACUUGUAAUGCGAGCAGCUGAAGAGUAUGCAUGGGAAGUGGAGAAGGCUGAGGGGAACCCACCACUACGAGGAGUUAGAAAAGUCAGCAACGAUGUCUCGCAGGCUUACUACGAAGAGACGGGUCGACGCAUCUCUGUCAAAUACCGGACUGUUCUCAAUCGAUACAAAGGCACACCUAGUCUUUUAGAAAAGCGAGAAGAGCAAUCAUUGCUUCAUGAUUCGGAGAAGCGCCUCGUCAUCAGUCUAUGCGAAGAAGGUGCCGACUGUGGCUUUCCUCUCACACACAUGCCUCUCAAGGACCUCGUGGACUCAAUCGUGCGCUCACGCGACCCGCAUUUUGUUGGUGUCGGCCAGAACUGGACCAAGCGGUUCAUCGAGCGCACACCCGAGCUUAGCACACUUUGGACCCGUGGGCUUGAGACGAAGCGCGGGCAGGCCGUCAAUCCCGCUGCACAUGAAGCAUGGGAGAAGAUGCUGGCCGAGAAGGUUGAUGGGACACCCGAAGAAUGUCUGCUCGCGGCCGACGAAGUGAGCAUGACAACCAAUCACGGCGAGAAGCAUAAGGCCAUCGGACGAGCGGGAAAGAAAUACGUAUACGAGCAACGAUCCGGCUCGCGCGAGAAUACCACAGUUAUCGCAACAAUCGUCGCAGAUGGAACAUACCUUGCACCAGCUGUCAUAUUCAAGGGUACUGCAUAUCAGACAUCGUGGAAGCAGAACAACCCUUUGAACAUGUCUAUUGGUUACUCACGAAAGGGCUGGACAAAUGCCAUAAUUGGCACAGAAUGGAUCAAGCAGGUCGAGGAAAUGACACGGGAGAAGGCUGCCGGUCGUCGCCGUGUCCUCAUUGUCGAUGGGCACAAUUCGCACUAUGCCUACAAAGCAAUUCGAUAUGCUCGCGAACACAAUAUGGACAUGCUAUCGUAUGCUGCACACACCACCCACGUCUACCAAGGGCUUGACGUCGUUGCUUUCGCUACCCUGAAGAAGUUCUGGGCUCAGGAAAAGUUGCUCUGGGAGAAGAAGCACGCACCCAUCACGAAGCAGAACUUCCUCGAACCGUUUGCACGCGCGUGGACACGCGCAAUGACCCCCGAGACAAUUCGUUCCGCCUUUCGGGCGACCGGCGUCAACGUACACGGUUCUGAGGAGACCGGUGUCCGCAGUGACCUUUCCGUCAUACCCGAGACCGCCCUCGCACCGAGCCGUGCCACCACAACAUCUGCAGUCAUGCCCUUCACCUUCGCGUCACCUUAUCGUGCCCUCGGUCGUAUUAUGCGUCAUGCCAUCACGAGUAUCGACGAGGAUGAGGUCGAUCCAGUCAUCCAAGGUUCACGAGAUCUGCAACGCGACCUUCUGAAGACGUCAGCACAUUUCCUCGCCAGUAACAAGCCACUCAAAUCGACAGACGAACUCCCGGAGCUCGUACCCCCGGCCAUCUCACAGCAUCACGUCCCCCAGGAGCUGCUCGAGCUUGUGCCCGAGACUGCCAUUGAAGCGCAGAUGCAGGAGCAGAUGCGCCUGCUCGCAGAGGAGAACAGGCAACUCCAUUGGGCCCGAGAAAACGAGCGUGCCUAUCUCGUGACAAGCCAAAUGUAUGUUGAGAAGGCACGGAUGGAGAUACAUGGGAAAGAGGAGAAGGCAGAACAGAAGAAGAAGAAGGGGAGGAUUGAUAUGGGGAUGCCAUCUCUACUCACAGGAGUUGAUUUCAUGAAGGUCGUCGAGAGGCGCGAGAACCUCAAUCAGGCAAUAGACGAUGUGAAAGAACUUCGUCGGGAAGCACAGGAGCGGUACAACGAGGAGUGUGCGCAAUGGCGAGAAAGGAACGAGAGGCGCCUUCAGGAAAACCAAAAGCGCAGGGACCGGUAUCACGCGAUGUUGCGCAAGUGGGAGGAAGUGCGCGACGAGGCGAGGAGGGAGGGACGACGCGGGAAGCUGCCCGUGAAGCCGAAACAGGGCAAGCUUUUGCCUCCGGAACCGAAGCCUGUGCAGGAGAGAUUUCCGGACCCCGAGAUUGAGUCGGAUGAUGCAGAGGAUGAUGCAGAGGACCAGGAGGUGGAGGUAGACGGAGAGGAGGAAGACGAGGUCGAGUGUUGA